GCCACUGACAAAACUGUAUGUAUGUAUCUUACGCUUUUCCAGAGCUUUUGUCGUCUAUUACGAACCCAUCAACUCUUUUCCUUUGCCACUACAAAAACUUAUGCUAUCUAAACAAAAAAUAGUUUUGUAAAUGUUUUCCUUUUCCAUGCAAGUCUAAGAAACUAGAAAUUUCUUUUUUUUUGGCAUAUUUUGGGUUUGAAUAUAAGAAAGGAAAGAAAUGGUAGAUGCAUGAACCUUUUGACUUGGCAGCAUGAUAUCCGAUAUUACUUUAAAAGUUACCUUAGAGCAUUUUUAAAAUAAGAUUUGGAAUAUUCUGUAAUUGAUACAUCAUACAUGGAUAUCAUUCAGUGACUACACUAUGGCAUGUUAGAUAAUAAUUUUGAAUACAUGAAUACAAAAUAAACUGAUUUAACCAAUACAGAGAUACAUAUUACUCUUGCAUUUCUCAAUACAUAUUAAGAAAUAUAUAACAAUUUUACUAAUUAUAUAAGAAGUGGAAAGAUAGUGUCAUUACUUGCAAAUGUCCAAACAAAACUAUUCAGUCGACACUUGUAAAACAGGUCAAUAAAUAGUAAUUGCUUUCCGUUUCUGCUUUUAAUUACUUUGUUUUUACAUUCUCACGCAAUUUGUUCUUAUUUUCUUAUAUAAACGAAAACACAAAGUAUCUAUUAAAUCAUCCUUGUUUCAAAAGUAUCGUAGAGAUGCAGAAUGAGAUGGAAGAGAAAUUUGAAGAUUGGAGGGGUAAAGAGGCAAUACCUGGCAAGCAUGGUGGAAUUAGAGCUGCAUCCAUCGCUUGUGUUGUGGAGAUUAUGGAGAAUAUGGUGUUCUUAGCAUGUUCAACCAACUUCAUCACAUACUUCACGAAAUCAUGGCAUUACUCAUCAGCCAAAGCAUCAAACAUGGUGACCAAUUUCACAGGAACGUCGUUUUUGCUCACUAUCAUUGGUGGUUUUGUUGCUGACUCUUUUCUCACUCGCUUCACCGCUUUCGUCAUCUUUUGUUCCAUUGAACUCCUGGGUUUGAUCUUGUUGACCAUCCAAGCACAUAGCCCUAAGUUACAACCUCACGGAGAUAACACUCCUUCAACUCUUCCAUCACUGGUUCUAUUCACCGGAUUAUAUGCAGUAGCUACAGGUGUUGGAGGUGUCAAAGCCUCUUUGCCUGCUCAUGGAGGCGACCAGCUUGAUAGUCGAAAGCAAGGACUUAUCUCAGGAUUUUUCAGUUGGUACUUCUUCUCUAUCUGCUUUGGAGGCCUCUUGGCCGUUACAAUUAUGGUGUGGACUGAAGAGAACAAAGGAUGGAGCUCCAGCUUCGAUAUCUGCACCGUGAUUUUAGCAUCUGCACUCUUUAUUUUCACCGUGGGAUUUCCUAUGUAUCGGUUCAGGCGUCCAACGGGAAGCCCUUUGACCAGAAUUGUGAACGUGUUUGUUUCUGCCGCAAGAAACCGAAAUAGGUUUGUAACGGAUGCAGAGAUAACGCUGAAUAACUCUACCGACAAAAGCAUUCAUCACAACAAAUUCAAGUUUUUAAAUAAAGCGAAGCUCAACAACAAGAUCUCAGCAACAGAAGUUGAAGAAACAAGAACGUUUCUAGCUCUCCUACCAAUAUUUGCGAGCACAAUUGUAAUGAACUGUUGCUUAGCACAACUCUCAACCUACUCCGUACAACAAGGCAUGCUGAUGAACAGAAAACUCUCAAAGUCCUUCGAGCUUCCUCCCGCUUCUCUCAACACUAUUGCUCUCCUAUUUAUGCUCUCUUCUAUAGCUUUCUACGAACUCUUUGCAAAAAGAAUCGCAUCAAGCAACAACGAAAGGUCGUCGAGCUUCAAUUUGAAACGCAUAGGAACAGGCCUAGCUCUUACAUCUAUUGCAAUGGCCAUAGCAGCAAUCGUGGAGGCCAAGAGAAAACACGAGGCGGUUCACAAUAACAUCAAAAUAUCUGUGUUCUGGUUAGAGUUUCAGUAUGUUUUGCUGAGUUUCUCGGAUGUGUUGACUCUUGGAGGAAUGUUAGAGUUCUUUUAUAGAGAAUCUCCGGCGAGUAUGAAGAGCAUCAGCACGGCGUUGGGGUGGUUUUCCACCGCAUUAGGUUUCUUCCUCAGUACGGUUCUUGUGGAUGUCACUAAAUCGGUCACCGGAUGGCUCGACGGAGAAGAUGUUAACGGCUCCAGGCUCGAGCUGUUUUAUGCGGUCCUGUGUGUUCUUAACACCCUUAAUCUUUUUAAUUAUAUUUUCUGGGCGAAAAGAUAUUAAGAAAAAAGAAGAAGACAGUAUGUGGUCGUCUUUUGUCAAAAGUACUCUUUAGUUUUGUUAAAGAUUGACAUAAUCUUUUAGUGAAGAUGCUAAGCAUAAUGUGUGUAUGUGUGGUCUCGUGAUGUAGUGGAAGUCUAAAUCAAGUCACUUGUGUACUUGUUUCUUGUGGUCGUUCGAAAGAUGGUUGAGAUGUCAUUGUAAUAAAGGGACGAAAUAGUAACCAUCUUCUUAA